AUGUGCGCUUCAGCGCUCAGAACGCGCCUGAUCGAGCAACUCAAAGCCGACCCCACGCCGGUCGCAGAGCAGCUCCGCGCCGCCUGGAGCGCCGUUUCUGCUACAACAUCGGCAGAUUGUCAGCGCACUGAUACUGAGGCCCUGGCACGUCUGGAGAAUAUCGCGAAGAAUAUAUACCAAGCUAUUGCAUCUUGCCAGGUAAAGGAAGAACAUAAGCUGAGCCUCGACGGAUGGUCUCGUGUGUACGACUCCGGCCUUCCGGAUCUUAUUCACGACAUCGUAAUGGACGAUCGAUUCUUUGCUCUCCCCAAUCAUCUCGCCGUCGGAUACGUCUUUGACUCUCUUCUACGUAUCUCAAUUCCUAGCGACGAGUGGGCCAGAUUAUACGGCACGCGAGUUCUUCUGCGUUCAAAUGCUCUCUGGGCUUCUCUGUGGGAUAACCGAGACAGGAUCGUGAUCCAGACGCCUAAUCGACCCCCCAAUGACACUGGGGAGCAACCCGUUUGCCAGGCGCUCAUGACACACCAUCUACUACAUAGAUAUACCAAGUCCACUGUCUCGUGGUCAAGUCACAUGCACCACUAUGCCUUGUACGCUUGGGCGACCGCUAAAGCACCGACGGGGGACUUCAACUACGUCUCCCUCUGCGAGACCGGUCUCAGGGGACCUGGGUAUAGCCCUACAGUAUUCAUCCGUGAAGCGAUCAUCGACGGGGUUGGCGUAGACGCGUGUUUCUCUCGGUUGGCCGCCAUACUACGCAGCGACCCUCCAUGGCGUUGGGAUCAUAUAGACCAUCUUCGCUCUGCUUUGAGCCUUUUCGGAGGCCUGAUUCUACACGGAGAAGAAGAUGAAAGCCUAAUUCUGGUCGAGUCUGCUGGACGAUAUCGCAUUCCCCAAUUGGCGGUGAACAUUGCUAGGGGUCACACUCUCACUGGCGGGUUGCGUGCCAGUCCAGCAUUCUAUAAUGGCGUAUUCUCCAUCCUGAUGAAAUCAACCCAGUAUGACUGUGUUACGAAUUGGAAGGGAGAACGAGCGAGUACACCUCUUGUGCCUGGGGAAGAUGUCAUGGCUAUAUUGGCAUGCGCCAUUGACCUCCUAGCCCUGCACGGCACCGAGACUGAUCUAGAAAAGAAUGCCCGAACUACAAUGGUCGGAGUUGUGAACUUCCUCUGGUCGGUGCUGCGGAUGUACUUCGACAGGGUGAAAGGCAUCAAGGAUGUACACUCCGGCGAUGUUGUACCGCUGCAAUCUGAGAUACUAGCGGGUCUAAAGCGUGGUGCAGCCGAGUACUGGUGGCCGAGUCUUCGCCGGAUCGAGGUCGCCAAACGUCGAUGUGAUUCACAAAACGAGAACAUCGUGCAAUACUGCACACUGUGGAAGGGUUUCGGCGCACUUUUAGGCUGUGAUGCUAAGCGCGAGCGGCAGAAGGAUGCACGGGAAGCUGCGGGACGCUGUACGAGGUCUAUCUGUGAAUAUCACAGUAAGCCGCCGAAGAAGCAGCUCUUGCGAUGCAAGGGCUGCGGCGUCUACUAUUGUAGUCGCGACUGUCAGGUUGCAGAUUGGAAGAGUGGCCACAAGAAGGAAUGUAGAAGAUUGGAUACCGCCGAUACUAGCGCCUGA